AUGGCGGAGCUGCAGCUCGACCCGGCCAUGGCGGGGCUGGGAGGGGGCGGCGGGAGCGGGCUGGGCGAUGGGGGCGGCCCGGGCCGCGGGCCCCCCAGCCCUCGCCCCGCUGGCCCCACGUCCCGCGGGCACGGCCGCCCGCCCCCUGCCGCCGCCGCGCAGCCGCUGGAGCCGGGUCCCGGGCCGCCAGAGCGGACAGGGGGCGGUGGCGCGGCCCGCUGGGUCCGGCUGAACGUGGGCGGCACCUACUUCGUGACCACCAGGCAGACCCUAGGUCGGGAGCCCAAGUCUUUUCUCUGCCGCCUCUGCUGCCAGGAAGACCCGGAGCUGGACUCGGACAAGGACGAGACAGGGGCCUAUCUGAUUGACAGGGACCCUACCUACUUUGGUCCAAUCCUAAACUACCUCCGCCAUGGGAAGCUCAUCAUUACAAAGGAGUUGGCAGAAGAAGGUGUGCUGGAGGAAGCGGAGUUUUACAACAUUGCAUCUCUCGUGCGACUGGUUAAGGAAAGAAUACGGGACAACGAGAACAGAACUUCACAGGGCCCCGUGAAGCACGUGUACAGAGUCCUGCAAUGCCAAGAGGAGGAGCUCACACAGAUGGUAUCCACUAUGUCUGAUGGUUGGAAAUUCGAACAGCUAAUCAGCAUCGGAUCUUCCUAUAACUAUGGGAACGAGGAUCAGGCAGAGUUCCUCUGUGUUGUCUCCAGAGAACUAAAUAAUUCUACCAACGGCAUUGUCAUCGAGCCGAGCGAGAAGGCGAAGAUUCUUCAGGAGAGAGGGUCUCGGAUGUGAACUCCCGAGUCUCCAGUGACGAGCGCGCCCAACCGAGCACGUCUGUGAAGUUCAGUCUUGCUCCUGUACAGUAACCGAGCUACUGCCAAGCCAAGCUGCGCCUGGCCCCCAGCAGAGGAGAGUUCUGGUCAAAACCAAAGGAGCCCCACCCCUACCCACAGGAACCCGAAGACAGAUGCCACUUUCGGCUGCACAAUACCUUCUCAGAAACCUGCUUUUCUUUUCUUAGCCGGUGUUGUAACAAACCUCUCCAAGAGCACUGGGCUGGGUUCCCAGGUGGAGCUUGUCUCGAGAUGGGGCAGGGAGGAGGAAGGCCUAGGUCCUUGCAGAUGCUGUACUUCUUGGAAGCCGGAGCGCACGUAAGAGGGUUGUCCUGAGCUGUGCCAUGUUUUCACCCGAGUGUGCCCUGCUGGACGUGGGCAGCUGCUUCAUCACACCACCUUUCUCUCCCACACACCCCAGACUACCGUAGCAGACGCAGAGGAGUCUGGUUUAGGCUGUUGAAUUGAGGUUUCGGUGAAGGAUAGAGUCGCCAGAGCACCCCCACAUUCCUAUGAACAAAGCCUCUUUGAGGAGGGGAGGAUGGAGGGGGUCGCAGCUCUGGAUCCAGGCCACCAGCUGCCCCAUGUUCGGCUUGCCUCAUUUCUCUCCAGCAGCUGGCACCCCACCCCACCCCACCCCCGCCCCAGACAGCUCACCUUCUCCCCAAGAAGAGGUUCAAGGCAGGCGGUACCCUGCAUGGAGUCAGAUAGAUUGGUGAGAGCUGUAGGUAGUUGGUGUAAUCGCUUUGCAGCCUUUGCCUGCCCUCCGUUGGCCCGUCUUCCUUCCCUGACUUUUUAAACUGGGGCCGAGGAUAAAGGGAUUUUGGACCCUCUGAUGCCUUGGGGUGGAGACAGACGUUUUCUCUGAAAGUUGCCAAACAUAGGUAGUAUCAAAAGUGGCGCUGUUCUUGUGGUCGUCUUGGAAAUGCCUUGAUCGAAAGUGCGGUACUUGUGUCUCGGUUUCUGACCUUGGCAGUGGUCGUGAGCCCCCCCCAUCCGCCGUAGUGUGUGUGCGUUUGCCGGGCGGGCCCAGGACCCCCUCAUCUGACCCGGCCCUCACCGCCACUUCUGUGGGGACCGAGGUGUCGAGGAUCCAGCACUGUUCGACUCAGGAGCCGAGCCUCAGAGCUCAUAACUGGAUUGCUGUCUGAGCUUCCGAGUCUUGGUGAGCAGUCAUGGAGCUCAAAGGGGCCGGAGAACCCUGGCUUUUCCCUGGGUGACUUUCCCAGUAUGGCAGGUGGUCCAGAGAAGGGGAGGGGCCUGUGGGGAGCGCUUUGUUCAUAAAAGAUCCCUCAAACCCCGUGGCUCUAAGCUGAGGUUCCCUCUGCCCCCCAGCUCAGCUGCUCACCACAUGGCUCUGGGCUCAGGGUUUCUUUAAAAUGACUAUCGACUGUGCCAAGUGUCUUUCGAGCCUGUGACCGGCCCCUGCCCAGACAGGAACCUCAUGUUGCCCUCACGCGUCUGUGUGUAGAGUAGGGGAGAAGUGUGUGUCCGGGGCGCCUGCUGACACGCUGUGUCUGCACCCCAGCGUGAACAUGCAUGUCGGCACCACGGAUGUCUGGCCCGUGCCCAGGAUUCUUACAACUGUAAAAUGUUAGCGGAACUGCUACCUACAAUAAACAGUUACCCCUGCAGAAUGGUUGCAGGUGUCCAUCCUGACCUCUUUCAGGGGGAAAAAAAAAUUGAACAUGUCAAGGAAAAGCUGCCGUCAACCAGAAGACGGUGGAUGAGGAACUCUGGUCAACGGGAAUUCGCACCAUCAGACUGAAAGGAGGCAAGCCUUGGCAUCUGGGGCCUCAAGCCCAAGCAGACCUGCUUGCCUGGGGCUCGUCUGAAAACCAGCCUCUGGUCCCAAGCCAGCGAGCAGGAGCAAGGAGGCUGGAGGGCAGAGGGGGCCAGCCCCUCUGGACACGUCUUUCUCCUUGAGCUUCUCGGGUCCGCCGUGGAAUCUGCGAAGACCGGCGCGCCCCUCGCUGAGCGCCUGGAGGGACCAGCGGGCCGCCUUUCCCCAGGUUCCCUCCCCUGGCCACCCAGCGACGGCCUCAGUUGUUUCAGCGCUCCAGGAAUCUGAGAGGGAUUGUUUCUUAAGGUUUCUGGGAAAGUAUUUUACCCAAGUCCUUCAUGAACCAAGUUGGUGUUUUUUUCUUGAAAGCCGGCUCCCUUGGGGAGAGCCCAGCUGACCGCUCCAGAGAGAGGCCUGGCCAUUGGCUGGGGGGGUCACGUGAGCAGUGCCCCACGCUCUCCAGCUGCCCAGGGCCGCCACGUGGGCGACUCCCGCCAGGCAGGGCCCAGCCUCCUCUGGAGUGGCUUUGUUUAUGCACAGUUCUAACUGAUCUCAGGGGUGUCCAUGAGGCAUAGAGGAGGAAGAGACAGAUGCUGAGGGAAAGGGCUGAGAAGUCACCCACACCCUCCAGGAUGGCCUUAGAGCCGGGCCUUAGGGACCAUGCCUGUCACUUGUGGGUGCCCUUUGUUGCCGUUUGUGUCUUUGAAUAAAGUCUGAAAUGCUGUGACCCCUUUUCCCCCCCCUCUUGUCAAUAAAGACAUGAAACAGA